ACGAACUCUUGGCCGCUGUGGACGUCUGUGCUCCCCACUAACUGUGCGUCGCAAUCGUAUGUCUACAAGCAUGCAUCAGCAUUAAAAAAAUAUAAAGUGUGUAUCCAAGUGAAGUGGCAUGUGGCAACAAAUCGUUUCGAAUAUAUCUGCGAAUAAUGUUAAAUUAAGGGCGGCAACAAAAAGAGCUUUCCCCCCGCCAGUGCCAAGUGUGUUAAAUUAAUUAUACAAAAAGCCAAAACAAAUUUGUUUAUAACAAUUGCAAAUACUCGGGCCAUCAAUAUGAGUGUUCCAAGCAUGCCCCACCAGAGGGCAACAAUCACCACCACAAAAACCACCAACACCACCGCAACUCCAACUGUGCAUAGCUGGAGAUCCCGUUCAGUUACCACUCCCCCCCACCCCCACCCAUGGGCGCAGCGUCUAUUGUUGCUGAUUAGUCUGGGCCUGUGUCUGGGCUUUGUGCAUUGUUAUGAAAAAAUGUACAGUCAGACUGAGAAGCAGCGCUACGAUGGCUGGUAUAAUAAUCUGGCCCAUCCCAAUUGGGGCUCAGUAGACAGCCAUCUGGUGCGCAAGGCGCCGCCCUCCUACUCGGAUGGGGUGUACUCCAUGGCGGGUGUCAACCGCCCAUCGACGCGGCGACUGAGCCGCUUGUUUAUGCGCGGACGCGAUGGACUUGGCUCCAAGUUCAAUCGCACAGCGCUGCUCGCAUUCUUUGGCCAGGUGGUGGCCAAUGAGAUUGUCAUGGCCUCAGAGUCGGGCUGCCCCAUCGAGAUGCAUCGCAUUGACAUUGAGAAGUGCGACGAGAUGUACGAUCGGGAGUGUCGUGGCGACAAGUACAUUCCCUUCCAUAGAGCUGCCUACGAUCGCAGCACGGGCCAGAGUCCCAAUGCGCCCAGGGAACAGAUAAAUCAAAUGACUGCUUGGAUUGAUGGCAGUUUCAUUUACAGCACCUCCGAGGCCUGGCUCAAUGCCAUGCGCUCCUUCCACAAUGGCACUCUACUCACCCAGAAGGACGGGAAGCUGCCAGUGCGCAACACGAUGCGAGUGCCGCUCUUCAACAAUCCGGUGCCCAAUGUCAUGAAGAUGCUCAGUCCGGAGCGUCUCUUCUUGCUGGGAGAUCCGCGCACAAAUCAAAAUCCCGCGCUGCUCUCGUUCGCGAUUCUCUUUGUGCGCUGGCACAAUACGCUGGCGCAGCGGAUCAAGCGAGUGAAUCCUACGUGGUGCGAUGAGGACAUUUUCCAGCGGGCGCGGCAUACGGUGAUUGCCAGUCUGCAGAAUGUGAUAUUCUAUGAGUAUUUGCCGGCAUUUUUGGGCUCGGCCAUGCCAUCGUAUGAGGGCUACAAGCAGGACGUGCAUCCUGGCAUUGGACACAUAUUCCAGGCGGCGGCAUUUCGCUUUGGCCACACCAUGAUACCGCCUGGCAUCUAUAGGCGCGAUGGCGAGUGCAAUUUCAAGCAGACGCCCAUGGGCUUCCCAGCUGUACGACUCUGCUCCACAUGGUGGGACUCGAGUGGCUUCUUUGGCGACACGAGCGUGGAGGAGGUGCUCAUGGGCCUGGCCUCGCAGAUCUCGGAGCGCGAGGAUCCCGUUCUCUGCUCCGAUGUGCGCGACAAACUGUUUGGACCCAUGGAGUUCACGCGUCGCGAUUUGGGCGCAUUGAACAUAAUGCGUGGACGCGAUAAUGGGCUGCCGGACUAUAAUACGGCCAGGGAGGCGUACGGACUGCGGCGGCAUGAGAACUGGACAAGCAUUAAUCCGGAGCUGUUUGAAGCGCAGCCAGAGCUGCUGGAAAUGCUGAAGGAGGCGUAUAGCGGCCGCUUGGACGAUGUGGACGUCUAUGUGGGCGGCAUGCUGGAGUCCUAUGGACGACCGGGCGAUCUCUUUACGCGCGUCAUCAAGGAGCAGUUCCAGCGACUGCGCGAUGCGGAUCGCUUUUGGUUUGAGAACGAGCGCAAUGGCAUCUUUACCCCCGAGGAGAUUGCAGAGCUGCGCCAGAUCACGCUCUGGGACAUCAUCAUCAACAGCACGGACAUUGAGGUGGACGAGAUACAGCGCGAUGUGUUCAUGUGGCAUGCGGGUGAUCCCUGCCCGCAGCCGAUGCAGCUGAAUGCCACAGAGCUGGAGCCCUGCAACUAUCUGGAGGGUUACGACUACUUCUCCGGCUCGGAGCUGAUGUUCAUCUAUGUGUGCGUGUUCCUGGGCUUUGUGCCCAUUUUGUGCGCCGGCGCGGGCUAUUGCGUGGUGAAGCUGCAGAACAGCAAGCGCCGCCGGCUGAAGAUACGCCAGGAGGCGCUGCGUGCACCGCAGCAGAAGGGAUCGGUGGACAAGAUGCUGGCGCGCGAGUGGCUGCAUGCGAAUCACAAGCGACUGGUUACGGUCAAGUUCGGACCGGAGGCGGCCAUUUACACGGUGGAUCGCAAGGGCGAGAAGCUGCGCACGUUCAAUCUGCAGCAUGUGGAUGUGGUCAGUGUGGAGGAGUCGGCCACCAAUCAUAUCAAGAAGAAGCCCUACAUACUGCUGCGCGUGCCCAACGAUCACGACCUGGUGCUGGAGCUGGAGUCGUAUGGCGCACGGCGCAAGUUUGUCAAGAAGCUGGAGGACUUUCUGCUGCUGCACAAGAAGGAGCUGACGCUGAUGGAGGUGAGUCGCGAGCUGAUGCUGGCGCGCGCGGAGACGCGCGAGCGGCGGCAGAAGCGCUUGGAGUACUUCUUCCGCGAGGCUUAUGCGCUGACCUUUGGCCUGCGUCCGGGCGAGCGUCGGCGACGCUCCGAUGCCAGCAGCGAUGGCGAAGUGAUGACUGUGAUGCGCACCAGCCUGUCCAAGGCGGAGUUUGCCGCAGCGCUGGGCAUGAAGCCCAACGACAUGUUCGUGCGCAAAAUGUUCAACAUUGUGGACAAGGAUCAGGAUGGACGCAUCAGCUUUCAGGAGUUUCUGGAGACGGUGGUGCUGUUCUCACGCGGCAAGACCGACGACAAGCUGCGCAUUAUCUUCGAUAUGUGCGACAAUGAUCGCAAUGGCGUCAUCGACAAGGGCGAGCUGAGCGAGAUGAUGCGCUCCUUGGUGGAAAUUGCGCGCACGACCAGCUUGGGCGAUGAUCAGGUCACUGAGCUCAUCGAUGGCAUGUUCCAGGACGUGGGACUGGAGCACAAGAAUCAUUUGACCUAUCAGGACUUUAAGCUCAUGAUGAAGGAGUACAAGGGCGACUUUGUGGCCAUCGGGCUGGACUGCAAGGGCGCCAAGCAGAACUUCCUGGACACCUCGACGAAUGUGGCGCGCAUGACUUCGUUCAAUAUUGAGCCCAUGCAGGAUAAGCCACGACACUGGCUGCUGGCCAAGUGGGAUGCGUACAUAACAUUUCUGGAGGAGAAUCGCCAGAACAUUUUCUAUCUCUUCCUCUUCUAUGUGGUGACCAUUGUGCUGUUUGUCGAGCGCUUCAUACACUAUUCGUUCAUGGCCGAGCACACGGAUCUGCGUCACAUCAUGGGCGUGGGCAUUGCCAUCACGCGUGGCUCCGCCGCCUCGCUCUCCUUCUGCUACUCGCUGCUGCUGCUGACCAUGUCGCGCAAUCUGAUCACGAAGCUCAAGGAGUUCCCCAUCCAGCAGUACAUACCAUUGGACUCGCACAUUCAGUUCCACAAGAUCGCCGCCUGCACUGCGCUCUUCUUCAGCGUCCUGCACACCGUUGGCCACAUUGUCAACUUCUAUCACGUGUCCACGCAGUCGCAUGAGAAUCUGCGCUGCUUAACCCGCGAGGUGCACUUUGCCUCCGACUACAAGCCGGACAUUACCUUCUGGCUCUUCCAAACGGUCACCGGCACCACGGGCGUCCUCUUGUUCAUCAUUAUGUGCAUCAUCUUUGUCUUUGCCCAUCCCACCAUAAGGAAGCGUGCUUACAACUUCUUCUGGAACAUGCACACGCUCUACAUUGGACUCUAUCUGCUGAGCUUGGUGCACGGUCUGGCGCGUCUGACGGGCCCGCCGCGCUUCUGGAUGUUCUUCCUGGGUCCGGGCAUUGUUUAUACGCUGGACAAGAUCGUCUCGCUGCGCACCAAGUAUAUGGCGCUGGAUGUUAUCGAAACGGAUCUGCUGCCCUCGGAUGUCAUCAAGAUCAAGUUCUAUAGGCCGCCGAAUCUAAAGUAUUUGUCUGGUCAGUGGGUGCGCUUGUCCUGCACCGCGUUUCGGCCGCAGGAGAUGCACAGCUUUACGCUGACGUCGGCGCCGCAUGAGAACUUCCUGAGCUGCCACAUCAAGGCGCAGGGUCCGUGGACGUGGAAGCUGCGGAACUACUUCGAUCCCUGCAAUUACAAUCCAGAGGAUCAGCCCAAGAUACGCAUCGAGGGACCCUUCGGUGGCGGCAAUCAGGACUGGUACAAGUUCGAGGUGGCCGUCAUGGUGGGCGGCGGCAUUGGCGUCACGCCCUAUGCCUCCAUAUUGAACGAUCUGGUCUUUGGCACCAGCACCAAUCGCUACUCAGGCGUUGCCUGCAAGAAGGUUUACUUUCUCUGGAUUUGUCCAUCGCACAAGCACUUCGAGUGGUUCAUCGAUGUGCUGCGCGAUGUGGAGAAGAAGGAUGUGACCAAUGUGCUGGAGAUUCACAUAUUUAUCACACAAUUCUUUCACAAAUUCGAUCUAAGAACGACCAUGCUGUACAUCUGCGAGAAUCAUUUCCAGCGCUUGUCCAAGACCUCCAUAUUUACGGGUCUGAAGGCAGUCAAUCACUUUGGACGCCCGGACAUGUCCAGUUUUCUCAAAUUCGUACAAAAGAAACACUCCUAUGUAUCCAAAAUAGGAGUCUUCAGCUGUGGUCCACGUCCGCUCACCAAGAGCGUAAUGUCCGCCUGUGAUGAAGUGAAUAAAACACGCAAGUUGCCUUAUUUCAUUCACCAUUUCGAAAACUUUGGUUAAGCCCCCGCCCCCCUCACCGCUCUCUCUCGCUCUCUUCACCUCUCAACUGUACAAUCAGCCCAAGGAGAUAUCAUAAUUCUGCGUACUUUGAUUUCAUUUCAUUCAUUGAGCAUUUAAGCGAAUUUACUGUACUUAAUUAAUUAUUAUAUUUCUAUUUGUAUAACAACUUGUGUAUAGUAUGUACCAUAUGUAUGCGUAUUGCGUUCAUAAUUUAGUCAAGUUCUGUUUUUAGCGCAAAAGCAAAUUGAUUGAAAAAAAAAACAAAAAAGCG